AAAUAAAGAUUAGUGCUCUUAUUUAUGUUAUCAUAAGACUAUGCAGUCGACCAACUCACACUUCUUCGCUAGAAGCGUUCAAAAUUAAAUAUUGAAUCAAUCUGAAUCUAAAAAUCCGAUAAUGAUUCAAGUCUAAAAUUAGUGCACAUAUUUUCAUCAAAAUCAGAAACCUUUUCCCCUCCUUCCUCCUUCAUCCCGGCCCCUCAUUCUCAACUCCCCACACACUCUCUCUCCCAACGGCAAAAACCUCCCUCUUUUCUUCCUGCUAAAAAAACUUAUAACCAUUUUACAAACUCUUUACCUCCCAUAAAUAAGAUCUAAACCCACUCUCUCAGUCCCCAAAUACACCCACAUUUCAAUCUCUUUUUCUCUCUCUUCUAUUCAUGGGGAUUUUAGAUUUAUCCUAAAAUCACACCCAAGAAUUAACAAAUACCCGCCUAAUAAUGAAUGUCAAAUCCUAAAUAAAAAAAUCAUCAUUUUCUGGGUUUUAAUUUGUACUCUCUUCACGAUCAAAACCAUGCGGGUCAAAGAUAUGCAUCCUUUAUGUUGCAUAUCUUUGGAAGAUAAUCCGAGUCCGUGUAUUGGGUCACCCGAACUUGUUCUUUCACGGGCGGGUAGUUUGAACCAAUGUCCAACCCUACCCGGAUCCAAUAAAGGUAAUGUAGGAAGUUUCCGGCGAUCUGACCUCAGUGUUGCCGGAGCUUUAUAUAAAUGGACUAACUAUGGUAAAGGAUGGAGAUCUAGAUGGUUUUUGUUACGUGGAGAUGGGUUACUUUCUUAUUGUAAGAUUUUUUCUUCUAAUAAUCUUAAUUCUCUCUCUUCUUCUUUGGAUGAUGACGUCACUGUCAUCGGAGAUUUGACGUCACCCCGACUAAUUCGUUUGGAUAGUUCUGGUAACAAGAAGGAUUCCAAAAGAAACUCCGUCGUCGUUCAUCUCAAGGUAUCAUCAUUUCGGGAAAGCAGGUCUGAUGAUAGGAGAUUUUACAUAUUUACAGCUACAAAGACCCUUCAUUUGAGGACUAACUCGAAAGAUGAUAGGGAGUUGUGGUUAGACGCUUUAGCAUCAACACGAUGUUUGUUCUCGUUGAGACCGUUGAACGAUAAUCUACGUCUUUCACCUGACAAGAUUACCAUUUCAGCCGAAAGAUUAAAAAGGCGAUUGGCCGAUGAUGGGAUCAAUGAAUCACUAGUACAGGAAUGUGAGCAGAUUAUGCUUUCAGAAUUCUCUGAAAUACAAGGAAAGCUGAAAGUUCUUUGUGAGGAAAGAUCCAAUUUGCUGGAUACUUUAAGGCAGUUAGAGGCAGCAAAUAUUGAUUCUGAAGCUCCAGGCUUAAAUGAUAGUGGAUUUCAACUUUCGAAGAGUCAAUAUUCCAGUUUAGAACGUGCUAAAUAUAGUGAAUAUAGUACGACUGAGUCAUCUGAUGACACUGAGAAACGAGACGUGGAGGAAGCAUCAGAUGAAGAGGAACUUUGCUAUUAUGAUUCCAAGGACUACUUUACUGAAUCUCCGUCUCAUCUUAUUGGCAGUGGUAUGGACACCAAAGGCCAAGGUGGUAGUGUGAAAGACGCUUGGUCUAUGGAUGCCUCAAGUGAAGCUCUAUGUUCUCAUAUUGUAAGGCGUAAAAAGCUUCCGGAACCAGUUGAAAAGGAAAGACCUGUCAGUCUUUGGUCUAUGAUCAAAGACAAUGUAGGAAAAGAUCUUACGAGAGUCUGUCUCCCUGUGUACUUCAAUGAACCUAUAUCUUCGCUUCAGAAAUGCUGUGAAGACUUGGAGUAUUCUUAUCUUUUGGACCGAGCAUAUGAAUAUGGGAAAAUGGGUAACCAUCUCAUGAGAACAGUCUAUGUUGCAGCCUUUGCUGCUUCUGGUUAUGCGUCUACUGAGGGCCGGCUUUGUAAACCAUUUAAUCCUUUGCUCGGGGAAACUUAUGAAGCUGACUUUCCAGAAAAGGGAAUUCGAUUUUUCUCUGAGAAGGUAAGCCAUCACCCUACACUCAUAGCUUGUCAUUGUGAAGGUAGAGGAUGGAGGUUCUGGGCAGAUAGUAACUUGAAGACCAGAUUUUGGGGUCAAACUAUACAGCUUGAUCCAGUAGGAAUAUUGACUCUGGAGUUUGAUGAUGGAGAGAGAUUUCAGUGGAGCAAGGUUACAACUAGCAUCCAUAACCUUAUCAUUGGUAAAAUUUAUUGUGAUCAUCAUGGGACAAUGAACAUAUGUGGUAAUCGUCAGUACUCCUGCAAGCUUAAAUUCAAGGCGCAGAAUUUUCUUGACAGGAAUCCCCGCCAGGUUCAUGGUCUUGUUGAAGAUGGCAAAGGGAACAUUGUUGCAACAGUGUUUGGUCGGUGGGACGAUAGUAUUUAUUAUAUCGAGGGAGAUGUGAAGAACAAGUGGAAAGAUUUGAGUUCAUCAAACGAUGCUUCCUUGAUUUGGAGAAGGAACAAGCCUACCCCUAAUCUUACUCGAUACAAUUUAACUCAGUUUGCCAUUACUCUAAAUGAAUUGACUCCCGGACUCAAGGAGAAACUCCCCCCGACUGAUUCAAGACUUAGACCGGACCAGGGAUAUCUAGAAAAAGGCGAAUACGAUAAAGCAAAUUCUGAGAAGCUACGUUUGGAGAUGAGACAGCGAAUGUCAAGGAAAUUACAAGAAGACGGAUGGAAACCUAGAUGGUUCGAGAGAGACAGUGAGGAUGGAACUUACUGUUAUAAAGGUGGAUAUUGGGAAGCUAGAGAACAGGGAAAUUGGGAUGGAUGUCCAGACAUUUUUGGAGAAAUUAUACAAGGCGCUGACGACUCCACUGAAUACUGAACAUAGUUUAUUCAGGCCGAUUUGAAUUCAUGGAAUAAAAAUGAGGCCGUUCUUGAUCGAAUCUUUGUUGGGUUUAUUUGAAAUCCAGAACUUGUCCAAAUGUGAAGCUGCUGUCAUUGAACUCGCUGUUACCAUUUGAAGCGCACAUUGAUUUUCUUAUAAGUUGGAGGCGUUCGAGUGAAUCGAACACUCAGAGUUUAGGUUCGAUGAUUUCAAGUAAAGCCUGAAGAUGACAGUAAUGUCUACCAAAAACUUUCUGGUGAAGCUGCGGAAAGAUGAAAUACGUAUUCCUUGAUGCUGUAGUUAGAUGAUUAUUUGUAUUUCUAUGACCAAUAAAUGGAGUCGGAAAAUUUUGUGAGGUAUGCUGGAAUCGUAAAGAUGUAUCUUAGGAAAUGUGGACCGUGGUAUAUAUUCUGUACUCUGUAGCUCAUAAUCUCUUAAUCAAAGUGCCAAUUAAUUAAG